AUGGCUGCGACCCAGAAGCUCUAUCCUCGCGGGACCGUAAAGCGCAUCGUGAAGGCGCAUUCGAACAGAAGCGUGAGUAAGAAUGCCGAUAUUCUGAUUUUCCUUGACUAUAUGCUUUUCAUGCAAGAACUGAUGCGCGAAGCGUCAAUGAAGUCCCGAAAAGCUGGCGAAAAACACAUCUCCCCUAACUCCGUUCGCAAGGUCACAGAGAAAACACUACGAAAGUUCAAAGGCUAA